AUCCUGAUCAUCUUGCUUCAAGGCACUCGACACUCCUUUUCCAACGCACAACUUUGCUUUUGCCACCGACACCCGUUUGACAGCCUCGAAACUCGAGCCAUUCUUUCCCCGCCGUCAUGGAUAACGACAACUACCCACAGACCGUCGAUCUCUCUUCCGCUCCCGCCGCAGCCCAAAACCCACAAGAGCCCAACACUGGGGGCAAGGGGCCUGCCAUCCGCGAGCCAUUACCAAGCGUCACCACCGCCAUGAAUAAUCUUCACAUACUCUGGGGUGACGUCCCAAACAAAGGAGGACCGGCUACCGAGGCUGGUCGUAGCCAGACCACGACCACCACUAGUACUUCGGCCACCGACCCUCUUGCUGCUGCUGGUAGUGGCGGAGGCAUCAACGGUGCCGGCAGUGGUGUUCCUAUUGGCCUGACCAUGCCCAUGGUCCAAGCCCUCGAUGCUGGCUCAGCCUCUCGAGGCCACAAGACCCGUGAUGCCACCAUCUACUCUGGCAUAAGUGUCUCCAGCAUGGACACUUCGGACUUCAAGACUGAUCAGUCCCCGUAUGGCACAGUCAACGACUUCUCCGUCGACCAUGAGGUCUCCCACAUGGGACCUUGGGCUGAUGAUAACAUCAAGGGCCUGACCAAAAAAAAGUAAGAAAAUAUUCAGAACAAGUGGAUCGGACGACAAGCAUACCUGAGAACAACACCAUUGCCAACAAUUGUCGUCGCUGAUGGUCGUUCGGUCCCAACUCAAGCGGCACAAGCACGUGCCGAACCGAUGUCUGUCUCAUAUAUCUCCCCGGAAAGAAUGGAACAAUAGAGUCUCAGCCUCUUCGCAAGAGAGAGCCGAGACAGCGGGAAAGACUAAACAAAAACAAAGAGGAGGAAAAUCAACCACGACAAAAAGAUAGAAAGGAAAAAGAAUGCUCGGAAUGCCGGUCCGGUGUCGCCUUUGCACACCGUCUGUUUCUUUUGUUCUCCAGCUCCAUUUUUCUUUUUUCUCCCCCUUUACUAUUCUCUCGCGGUGGUUCUAUGUGCUUAGUCAUUGUUCUCCUGGAACUUCUUAUUCCCUUUUCACACACCGACUAUGCAUUCCACAUUCAUGUGAAAGCGAGGGGAAAAAGAAGAUUCACACAUGUAUAUGGGAGGAUGACGCAAGGGUGGCAUGUUUCUCUGGAUUUCAUCUCCCGUUAAGACUACCAUGUACAGGAAUUUGUUUGGCGGUACCUCUGCUCAUAUAUAACACACUGUCAUUACCGAGAACCAGAUUGGGCACCACUAAGUUAGUAGCUGGCUACUACAAUUGUAUCAUUUAUCACACAGGAAAUCUCUCAUAUUACAGCUG